UCAGGGGAACUGAACCUGUACGGCGCGCAUCCUUACUUCCAGUGCGUGGAAAAUGACGGCAAUGCGUAUGGACUUCUGCUUCUCAAUAGUAAUGCUAUGGACUGCCAGCUCCUAGACUACCCGGCCAUCAGCUACAGAACAAUUGGAGGUGUUCUGGACUUCUACAUGAUGCUGGGACCUGAACCCGAGAGUGUUGUGUCUCAGUACACGGCCCUCAUACACCGGCCUGUCAUGCCCCCUUACUGGGCUCUAGGAUUCCAGCUGUGUAGAUAUGGCUACGGCUCCUUGGAAGAGCUACAAGCAGCCGUUAACAGGACGAGGGACGCGGAAAUACCUCACGACGUGCAGUACGGUGACAUCGACUAUAUGGACCGUCGGCUGGACUUCACAUACGAUCAAGUUAAUUACGAAGGUUUUCCAGAGUAUGUCCUCGAAGCGAAAGAAAACGGGCUCAGGUUUAUCGUUAUUCUGGAUCCGGCGAUAAACGAAAAAGCGGCGUCCCUCGGGCCUUCCAACACCAUGGCAGACAAGACCCUGUGUCUGGCGGCCAUAGAAGGGGACUACAAGCAUUACGACGUCCACAAUCUGUACGGCUGGGCGCAGGCGGAACCCACGCUCAGGGCUGCCCGCCGGUGCACGGGCAAGCGGAGCCUCGUCAUUUCGCGCUCGACCUUCCCCGGGAGCGGACGCUGGGCGGGCCACUGGCUGGGCGACAACCGCUCCAUUUGGCCCGAUAUGCGCCACUCCAUCAUAGGAAUGCUAGAAUUCAACCUCUUCGGCAUCCCGUACAUCGGUGCGGAUAUAUGCGGGUUCUUCGGGGACACCACCGAGGAGCUGUGCGAGCGGUGGAUGGAGCUGGGCGCCUUCUACCCCUUCAGCAGGAACCACAACCAGAUCGAUGCUGUGGAUCAGGACCCGGGCUUGUGGGACAGUGUUGCCACAUCAUCGAAAAAGGCUUUGGAAAUCCGAUAUCGUCUCCUGCCUUAUCUGUACACACUGUUCUAUUAUGCCCACACUUCUGGGAACACUGUGGUCAGGCCUCUCAUGCACGAAUUCCCCCACGACCGCCACACGCUACCCAUCGACGACCAGUUCCUGUGGGGAGGCGGUCUUCUCAUCUCGCCCGUGCUGGCGGAGGGGCUGACGGCGCGCUCGCUCUACCUGCCCUUCGACGCCUGGUAUGACUACUACACGGGUCGAGCGGCGGAGCGUCCGGGCGAGCGAGUGACGUCACCGGCCCCUCGUGACGUCAUCCUCCUGCACAUCCGGGGCGGCCACAUCCUCCCGACGCAGCGGCCCGCCCUCAACACGCAACGAGGCCGCAGCCAGCCCAUGGGCGUGAUCGUGGCCGUCGGGCUUGACCGGAGGGCGACGGGGGACCUCUUCUGGGACGACGGCGAGGGCGCGCACACCAUCGAGGCCAAAGAGUUCGGCCUCGUCCGCUUCGAGUUCGUGCAGGACGUCCUCACCUCCACCAUCGUCCAGAACGUGAAGGGGAGUCUCGGGGGCUUGAAGCUCCGAGACUUCGAAUUCCUCGGGGUCGAACAGAAGCCGAAGCACGUGGUCCUCGACGGCACCGACCUCCCUGAAGCCUCCUGGUCCUACGACGCCGAGAACAGGAAGCUUGUGGUGAGCGCCGAGGUCGACCUCAACACGGCCUUCACGAUGGAGCUCGGGAGUAUCUGGCGGUAUAAGGUUGAUAUGGAUUGAU